UUCUGGUAUGUUAACAAAAAUGAAGCAAAACCUAAUAACUAAUGUGAUUUCACCAAACGGAAGAUUCCAACACACUUUUCCAUAAAAAACACAUACACUUACACGUAAACAUGCAUGACAUAGAUCUGAAUAUAUAUGUCUACAUAUAUCAUAGUUAAUGACAAAUAAGAAGACUAUACAAUAAUGCUUAUAAGUGUCUGUUUAUAAGACCAUAGCUAGUAUUAUUGAACCCAACGCCCAAAUUAUCACAGAGAGAGAUGACUAUACAUAUAUAACUUGAGAUUUAACCUUUCUCAUGGUUUUUUUUGUUUGUUUGUUUGAGUAAUUGAUCUCGACAGCUAUCUAAAGGCACUCUCGCCGGAGAGACAUGGCCGGGACUUCUUCGCCGGGAAAAUGCUCCAUGUGGCUUGACCUGAACAGAGAAGAGACGGUGGAGAAGAACAAUGAAGAAGAGUCAUCAGUUGAAGACGAAGAGCAAGUCACGAGUAGUAACAACGUUAGACAGUAUGUUCGGUCCAACAUGCCUCGGCUUCGUUGGACGCCUGAUCUUCAUCUCUCCUUCGUUCGUGCAGUCCAACGACUAGGCGGUCCAGACAGAGCGACGCCGAAAUUGGUUCUUGAGAUGAUGAAUCUGAAAGGAUUGAGUAUUGCACAUGUCAAGAGUCAUUUACAGAUGUAUCGAAGUAAGAAGCUCGAGCCAUCAUCUCGCCAUGGAUUUGGAGCUUUCAUGAGUGGACAAAGAAGCUAUUUGAUUGACAUGAUCGACUCUCGAUGUAUCCCUUAUGGCGAUUUAAGACAUGCCUAUAACUCUAAAACCGUUCCUUCGAGGGUACUCAAUCAAGACGCGGUCAUUACAAAUCUUGGAGGUAACUUUCUUACGCGACCUUCGAGCUGGUUUAGCGGGUUAUGCAGAAAUGAUCAAGAUAGCACAGAGAACAAGACUCUGCCUCUGCUCGAGAUUAGGAAGACGAUCAAUGAGAAAAGAGUCCGAGAUGAAGAAGUAUCAUCAGUCAAACGAUUGAAAUCAAUGUCUGGAGGUGGGAUACAGUUACCUGAGUUUGGAAAUUGCAGGCAAAAACCAACAGAUGAUAUCAACACAAUGCUCUCGCUCUCUCUGUUCUCGACAUCAUCAGGAGACCGUAACAUAGCACCAUCCGACAUAGUAGAGAGAUGAAGUUUAACAUUAAAAGAGAUUCAAGAGUAGAGGCUUCUGUUUUCCUUACCCGUUUCUUGGGAUGAGUACUUAGCCAGGAUCUGGCUCAGGCUUGAUUCAGAUCCUGUAAGUACUUUUCUUUGAGGUUGUAUUCUUAGGAAAAAAUCAGAAUCAUUCGAUACAACACCAA